AUGAAGCGCUUGAGUAAGAAUAAUAUCGGGUCUAUAAAAGAAGACCUGUCACGGCUGGAACAUGCGAAAGAAGACCAUGAUGGACAAUUGUAUAAGAUUACAAUGGCCCAAGAACUGUUCUACGGCUUCUCGCACCCCCCGCCACGUGUGCGCACUAAACCACUGCAGGUUAUCUGUGUGGGACUUCCGCGAUCCGCUACCGAGAGCCUAAGCAUGGCGUUACAGAAACUCGGCUAUACUACAUUCCACGGCUGGGACCUUGUGGCCGAGGAGGGCACCUAUAUCCAAGGUUGGAACAAGCUAGCAGCCCGGAAAUAUGGCCCUGCAAGUAAAGAUGGUAGUCGGAGUAUCUCUGCUACCGAAUUUGAUGCCCUUCUCGGACACUGCGACGUUGUUAUCGACAGCGCAGCGAGUUUGUUCUCCGCCGAGCUGGUGGUGGCCUACCCCGAUGCGAAGGUUAUUCUUAAUAGCCGCCGUGAUUUGGCAGCCUGGCAGCGCAGCGUGAUUAAGACCAUCGUACCAAUCCAGGAAAGCUGGUUUCUCUGGACCAUGCGCUGGUUUGAGUCAGAUCUCUGGUGGCUGUGGCAGUUUUAUAUGGUCCAUGGGUACCCCGGUCUUUUUCGGGCGACGUAUGACGGCAGCAUUCGUGAGGCAAUCCAGCACCAAUGGGUGUAUCGUGAUCACUGCAGCAUGGCCCGGGGCAUGGUACCCAAGGACCGUCUGCUGGAGUGGACGGUGGAAGAGGGAUGGGAGCCUCUUUGCAAGUUCCUGGGGAAGCCCGUCCCUGAUGAGCCAUUUCCUCGAACCAACGACGCAUCUGGAUUUGAGAAGAACGUCGACAAUCUGCUGAAGAAGCGCAUCAUGCGCGGCCUGCGAAACAUGGGUCUGUUGCUGACCGCGGGAGGGGCGGUGGUGACGGCCAUGGUGAUGAUGGGUUAG